CUUGAUUGCAGGCCCGGUUUCAGACUCCCCGGCUUCUGCUCGUCCUGCUGAGGUAUCCAACACUCGCCGUCAGUGUCGUCGUCUUGACGAACCCUCCCCUGAUGACGAACAGGAAGUACAAUCUUCCCUUAUGCCAGUCGAUGGGCCGCCUGCCUCCACUGGCAAUAUGGACUCGUAGGCAAUAUAAUGUCCCCUGUCAAGAAAAUUUUCUCCUGUAUCUGGAUGUUUCUUUUCGUAUUCCUUUCUUCUUUUCUAAAAAUUAUUCCUUUACGUUCUCAUCGUCACACACGAUUUCUUUUCUCAUCCUCUUAUAAUCGUUUUCCUACUUUCUUGGUUGUAUUACUAUGGGUGUUGUUCUUUUCUUUGCCUCAAGUGUCUGCCUCGGUAUCCUCCUUUACGACAUUUUCUGUCAAUGUUAAUGGCUUUCGUGACGUCGCCAAACACUCUUCUCUAUCGAACAUAAUUCACACACAUCACCCACAUGCAUGGGUGUUCUCUGAGACCAAGUCUCAUACUCCUGUAUCCAGCAGAAUGGAUGUCCGCGGAUACAAGAUAUUUGAGUCUCCUGGCCUUAAAACUAAUGCCCGUUCUGUGAAAUGGGGAAUUCUUGCAGGUGUACACUCUUCUCUCGCCACGCAACAGGUUCAAAUUCCGUCCGAUCUCAGUGGACGUGUCCUGGCUAUCGACAUCGUCCUGCCAACGACUAAUGGCCAUGGCUUCGUACACCGCCUUAUCGGACUGUACGCACCGUAUGACCCCGGCACAGACUCUGAUAGACUUCACACCUUUUGGCAACAGAUUCGUACCCUCUGUCAGAGCGCAUUGCACUCCUGGCAGAUAAUCGGAGACUGUAAUGCCACAGUUUCUUCCUGUGAGGUUCAAGGAGAUGCGUCCGGAAGUAACAAUGCUCGGCUGGCCUACCAUCGCUUUCUUGAUGCACUCCAAGGGAUUGAUGUAUGGUCGCGCCAAGGGGACAAUGAUGCGAGGUAUGUGUGGACUUACCAAGCCUAUAAUGGUACAUGUCGAUCCAUACUGGAUCGCUGCGCCCAUUCCUCUAAUCACAUUAUCGCCUCGUCCAUAAAAGUUCCAGGCUACUUUGUACCUGGGACUGAUCACAGGCUAAUUGUCACAGUUCUUCAUUGUGGCAUCCCUAACAAUAGUGCAGAUUCUGUACUUUUGCCCCCAACAGAGCAUCCUGUCUAUGCGCCAUACCGUCCUCGGUUUCUCUUUCCCAAACGUCAAGAAUCUCAUCGGUUCAAGGCAUUUGCAGAUAGAGUCGACGGACUGGUUCAUGAUGCACACCUUGUGCUCACGCCAAUUCAGAAUGACGAUCAGUAUCAGAAAUUGUACUCUGCACUAUCCCAAAUUCUCCAACAUGCUGCAGAAGAUUCCUUCGAGCUUCCUCAUCUCCCUCAUAUGGGUCCAAGGAAGCCCAGGAACUCUCUCAUCUCUCUCUUGUUAAGGGAAUACUCACGGGUUAACAGACUUAUCUCUGCCAUUAAGCGACAGACUCUUCAUAUCCUCUGUACCCAUCACCAAAACCUGGGCCAUACGUUCUGGUCCAG